ACCAUGGUGCUCUUGCAACCUUUUCUUUAUGGUUCUGCAAGGAAAUCAAUUCGCAGUCAUUUGCGUGGAAACUUCCUCGAUAGUUUACGACUUUCGGUCAAGGGUGGACACGGCGGAAAUGGAUUGCCGAAGUACGGUGGCGUUGGCGGCCAAGGCGGAGCAGUCUAUUUCGUAGCCAAGGAGGGAAAAAGUCUCAAAGAUGUCGUGCACAAGUAUCGUGCCAAAAGAGUCGUUGCCGGUAAUGGAGAGGAAAGCAGCAAGGCACGAGUUCUGGGGCGGCGGGGAUUGGAUGAGAAAGUGGAUGUGCCGGUGGGUAUUCGAGUGUUGGAAAACGAUGGAGCAUUUAUUGCCGAAUUGGACGAGGAAGGAAAAACUUGCCUAGCGGCAGGAGGAGGCAGUGGAGGUUGCGCUGGAAAUUCAUUUCUUGGAAAGGCUGGCCAAACAAGAACGUUGAAGCUUGAUCUCAAGUUAAUUGCCGAUGUUGGUCUGGUUGGAUUUCCGAACGCUGGCAAAAGUACACUUGUUAGAGCACUGUCAAAUGCUACGCCAAAGAUUGCCUCGUAUCCAUUUACAACGAUUCGACCCCAGAUUGGUACGAUUGAAUACGAGGAUUAUCGGCAAAUCACGAUAGCCGACUUGCCCGGAUUGAUCGAGGGUGCGCAUGCCAAUUUCGGCAUGGGUCAUAAGUUUUUGAAGCACGUGGAACGGACGCGAUUGCUGUUGAUCAUUGUUGAUGUUUUCGGGUUCCAGUUGAGCCAAAGUCACAAGAAGCGAAAUUGCUUGGAGAACAUUUACGCUUUAAAUAAAGAACUAGAACUUUAUGAUCCAACGUUGCUGGAAAAGUCUUGUGUACUGCUGGUGAACAAAAUGGACAAAGACGGGGCAAUAGAGGAAAUUUCUAAAUAUGAAAAAUAUUUUGGGAAUCUAGCAGAUGGUUUGCAACAUUGUCCAGAAGAACUCGUUCCUAAACAGCUAGUCAAUUUGGAACGAAUAAUUCCCAUCUCCGCUAAAAAUGUAAAAGAAAUCGACAAAGUGAAACAAGCCAUCAGAGAAGUGCUGGACGAGAAAGCAGCAGAACUCCUAAGUGAAGAUGCCAAGGAUGGUGACAAUCUGGAACAACUUCGGGGGAAGUUAACCGAGAGGGGGCCUAAAGUCGGCUAGAACGAU